GGGAGUCACCACACCUGAAACGUCUUACUCAGAUAUGGCUGCUGGAUCAGAGUAAGUAGCCACUACCAGCUCAAGUAUGUGGUCUCUCCUUAAAGACUCAUUUGCUUUCUUUACAUCCUGGGGUUUAUUUUUGGUUGUGUUGCCUUAUUGGGGCUACCUGUGAGAACAUUUGACUUUCCAACUUGCUUGCUUAUAUACGUUAACUUUGCUGAAAGAAGAGCAAGCGUAGCAGGUAAACAGAGUUCCUGUUUAACCUGAUCAUCUGCACCACCUCAUGUGGAAUAUAUCCACAUAAGCAGCAAACCUGACUGGAAUAGAAAUGUUGAAGUAAGAAAUGUUCCCAAACAGCACCUUUGACCUACUGCACUUACCUGCAUUUUUCAAAGGAAGUGCAACUAUUUCAUAUACGUGCAGAACCUAUGUGAUUGUCCAAACACUCAUGUUAUUUGCCCUCAUGACCUUUGUUAUGCUGUCACACAUCCAGGUCUUUGCAAGCAGGCUGCAGAAAAAAAAACAUUAUAAAAACAGCUGAAAAUCAUCAAUAGCCAAAACUACUGAAAUAAGUCAUCGAAAAUAUCCUUUAGCCACAUUACAGGUGUCAUGUCUUUAACUUCCGGUGUUUUGAGGAGGUUAAGGUCAAGAAAAAAAGCUUACAUUACACCUGAUUCUCAUGAUUAGUUUCAGUCGGCCGUUGCCUUGCGAACACAGAUGUACAACUCUGUGGCCCAAAUCAGCACAGUGUGGUGGAGAGUUGUCCGCUGUGUUCACAUCAUUCAACAACAGUAGCAAAUUUGGUUGUGAUGAAUAUGCUUCCUUCCAAUACUUUGUCAGUAGUUUUCAGUCCUAUCUGCAGAGUCUGCUGGAGAGAUCCAACAGGAUGGGAAGUGCACUAAACUUUACCAGACAGAAACCCUGAGUCAGUUGAAGCAAGCCCUGCCGUGAAUGAGAAAAACUACAACAACCACAGCUGUGGGAGCGCACAGAGUCAUGGGUAUCGGGGACUACCAUAUGCUAUGCAACAGUCUUCCGUUGUGUGUUGUCAGGAUCACAACUAUGGCGCGCCCCCUCCCCCCACCCCACCCGCCUCCCCGCUCUCCCAAACCAUCAUUCCCCGCAUGGAUCUCAACGGCGUGGUACGCAGCUCCCGCUAUCACGAAACUACUGAGGACAACUCAGCCGACAGCGACAGCUCCUCAGAGGAGGACGGGGCCGUGGCCAGCUGGUGUCACUGCAAUCUGACGCCCGAUGGCCUGCUCAUCAAAUGUGAUAACUGCAGGGGACUGGACAGGCGGAAAGGAGCAGAAGGGCAGCACAGAAAAGCAGAAAAUGUCUCGGCUGGAGAGAGCAGUGCAACAGAGAGUGGUGAUGAAGAGGUGUCACCCUCCACCAUCUCCUAUACCGCCACCCAACAUACGCCCACCAGCAUCAAACUCACUGUCAACCGGGUCAAAAGGAGCAAAUCCAAAAAGAGGAAGAAGAGCACGGAAAAGGCCCGUGGAACGCCGAAGGGCAAAAAAGUUAAGGCUUUUAGAGAGGGUUCUAGGAAAUCCAUGAGGAUGAAGAACUCAACCACGGAGGCAAACGUGCUGGAUGAGAACACAGCGGAGGGGUGGGAGAGCAGAAUCCGCCAGUGGACUGACCAGUAUGAGGAGGCUCUGGCCAAUCAGUAUAGCGCUGACGUCCAGACGCUGCUCCAGCUGCACCGUGCUGCCAGCACCACUGUGUCAAAGACAGAGAGCGGCACCACCACGCCGCCUUCCAGCACUCAGAUUCACGUCUCGGUCGAUGCUAUGGACACAAUCAAUCGCACUGAGCUGGCCUGCAACAACACGGUGCUGGGCUCACAGAUGCAGCUCCAGCUGGGCCGGGUAACACGUGUGCAGAAACACAGAAAGAUCCUUCGAGCUGCCAAGAACCUGGAGCCAGACACACUCAUCAUUGAGUAUCGGGGAAAGGUCAUGCUCAAACAACAGUUUGAAGUCAACGGGCAUUUCUUCAAGAAACCGUACCCUUUUGUGCUGUUCUACUCCAAAUUUAACGAUGUAGAGAUGUGCGUUGACGCCAGGACCUUUGGAAAUGAUGCCCGCUUCAUCAGGAGAUCCUGUACACCCAAUGCUGAGGUCCGGCAUAUGAUUGCUGAAGGUAUGAUCCAUCUGUGUAUCUACGCCAUCAGUCAAAUCACCAAGGACGCUGAGGUCACCAUUGGGUUUGACUACGAGUUCAAUAGCUGCAAUUACAAAGUGGACUGUGCCUGCCAUAAGGGCAACCAGAACUGCCCGGUGCAGAAGCACAACCUGAGCCCCAGGGAGAGCUUGCUGAGUCCCCCCUCCCUGCCACCUCCCUCCCCUCUGGUUGGUGCUGAGACCCGACGAAGGAAAGCCAGGAGGAGAGAACUGGAGGGCUGUCUCGCUGGUGACGGCAACCAGACCCUGGACCAGCAACAGGAGGCCAAAGAUCUACAGGGGACCAGUGACACAGAGGAGAGGCUGCUGGAUGAGGUGAAGGUGGAAGAGGGAGAGGAAGGAGAGGUGGAUGAAAAUGGGAUCAUCAUCUCCAGUAAAAGAACUUUUAACAGCUUCGGGAGGAGGAGGCGAGUGGGAGGAACAGAUGUAAAGGAGGAGGGUGUAGAAACUGAGGAUGGGGCUGGAAACCCAACAGGCACCACUCCUGCAUCCCACAGUACUGGUGUAGGGGUCAGCACACGACGCACCACCUACGUCAUGGAAGUGCCAUCUAUUGAAGAGAAGACCUCGUUACCCAGCCUACCUGCACCGGUUGUUCCCCCUAAACCUGCGAGGCCUACUAAGCCGCGGCCUAAAAGUCGGAUAUCUCGCUACCGGUCGAGCUCGUCCCAGCGCGCCCGGCGGCAGCGUCAAGCCCUGGCCCAGCAGGCCGCGGCGGCUGCUGCUGCGGCAGCGAUGGCAGCUACUCCUACAUCAACCGAUCAGGGUGUCGCUCUGGAUGAGGAGGGUUCUCAGGGCCCGUAUGGUGCUGAACAUGGCCACGGGGAGAGCAGCCUGGGAGGUCAUCUCCUAGAUGGAGAUGGCCAGGGCUUAAACUGCAUAAACAGAGGCAACUUGCGCUACCCCAAGACCAAGAAGUACUUGGUGACAGAGUGGUUGAAUGACAAGAUCCCUGGAGGGGAGCGGGUCCACCAGGAGGUGCCUGUUGAGCGCCCACUGCGGAUAACCACUGACCCCACGGUGCUGGCCACCACCCUCAACAUGCUUCCGGGCCUCUCCCACUCAUCGCUCAUCUGCACCACACCCAGACACUACGUCCGCUUCGGCUCGCCGUUCAACCCCGAGAGCCGCCGGCCCCGUCCACUCCAAAUGGACGGCACCUAUGGCUGCUACAAAAAGAGAUGGAUCAAACAGGUGGAGGAUGAGAGCUGCUCAGCCAGUGUAGAGGAUGGCACGGAGUCCACCUCCUCCCAGCAAAGCACCAGUAGCAGAUCCACCCCCAACCCUCUGUGUAGCGAACUCAACGCACCGUUUAAAAAGCGACGCUCCAAGUACAUGACAGAGGCGGCACCAGCACCUUCAGAACACCUGCUUCGCCCGCUGUCGCCGAUCACGCCGCCGCUCCCAGAGGACUCCCUCCAUCCGUUGCUCCACACUCCCUGUGGCUCACUGCUGCCCAACGGCUUGGCCUACUCACCCAUGCCCUCACUGCCCGCCAGCCGCUGCAACACACCACUGCAAUUUGAGAACAUAUCAUCCCCUGAGGCUUCUCCUGUCCACCGGCCGGAGUCCAUCUCUCCGGAGCCAUGUCUUCAGACAGACUUUGACGUCUCUCGGCCUCAGUUCCCGGACUUGUCGCUCCCCUCCAGCUUGGAGAGCCCCGUGGCCGUGACCUCGGAUGACUUUUCACUUCCUUCGGGCCAAGACUCCCAGGGGCCGUCGUCUUUAGGGACCAGCUCUCUAAAUCCAGUGUCGUGCCCUUCCUCAGACCUAAACCCCCAAAACAGGGAGCAGGCCUUCAGGACAGAGUUCAACCUCAUAUACACCUGCUCGCCCCUCAACGCAAACCUGGGGAACCCCGUGACCACCGACCGACGCCUCUCUCAGUCAGAAGGAGGCUUUUCCCCCGCAGAGUCCUUCCACAGUUCCAUAAGCUGCCAGGGACUUGUUGGAGACGUGGGCCCUGGCUCCAUGUCACCCUAUGGGGAGCCCCAUUAUAUUGGAGGCUACCCAGACAGUGGCACGCCUCCUCACACCAGCAACCCACCGCAAAAGAAGAAGAGGGCCAACCAGCAUACCAUUAGUCUGCUGACAGGGAAGCCAGAUUACCAGGCUAUAGCUGUAAGAAGUGAAUACAAGCCAGUACAAAAUAUGGUGUCUUUGCUGGAGUACCGUAAGCGGAAGCAGGGCAGCGGCCGCGACCCGGAGCCGGCCGGGAGCAGCUCCUCCCUCGCCGGCACCCCCACCCGAUCCGCCUCCCACUACAGCAAGGAAGCCCACCUUCCUCAUCCCCAUCAGCAGCAGAAGCAGCCCCCGGCCUCCCCGCACAGCUCCUUCUCCUCCUCAGCUCACACCGCCUCCGUUCCACAGAUAGAGGAGGUCAGUCCUCCGGAGCCACAGGGACCACCAGUACAGUCCAGACGCCAGGACAGCAACAACCAGUGGAUGGUCCCCACCACCGUCGAACGUCUAAGGGAAGGCCAGGGGGUCCGGGAGCGCGUGCUGAGAAACAUCAAGAUGGAGCGGAUGUACAAGAGGGGUGACGGCUCCACAGAGAAGGAUUCUGAUGCAGAUCGAUACGAGAUGCAGGCAGCGUCCAUGGCGUCUCCCAUGAAGAGUCCACACAGAUACAGUCCCUCUGUGUACUCUCACCAGUCGAUAGACAGCCACCGACAGACGGACAGCCCAUCGUUCCUACAGCAAACCUCCAACUCUCCAUUCCGGGGUUCCUACAGUCCCUCAUCAGGCCAGAGCUUCUACCCACGCCUCUCCUCCUCCCACCCAGGGCUGUCGCAGGACAACCCUCCAGCCUCCUACCCCAGUCCCAGCCCCACCUCCUCCUCAGACUCCCGGCCGCCGGUAGGCUCGCUACACCAGCAGAGUGGCAGCAGUAACGUGGACGGAGGCCACGGCUACAGCAGCAGCAGCAGCAGCAGCCACCUAAAAGCGAGCCUUUUGAACAGCGGCCUGACGGGAGCUCCUGCCCCGGGAUCCAGGGCCCACGGGCAAACUAAAAUAGACUCAGGCGCCCAGGGCUCCAGAGGGAGUCAGCAACAGGCGUCUCGCGGCCUGAAGUCGGGCAGUCCGGGCCAGGCAGCGCUGCAGGCCGGCUCCAGGCUGCUGUCGGCCUCCGGACCGACACACUACCCACAGCGAGGGACAAGCCUCAGUCAGUUCCAGCACUCCCCCCUCCAGGGACCCGGAGUAAGGACACAGUCAGGAAGCUUUUAGGACCUUGUUCAAGCGUGUAUGUGUGAGUGUGCGAGCGUGAGUGUGUAUGAAGCUGCGAAACCUCCUCAACCCCUAAAGCUGCGGCGGAUCGAGGAUCAGGGAGUUCGGGGAGGACAAAAUGUACAGACCUAGGAGGAGCAAGGACUUCUUUACGGAUUUCUCCUUUUCUUAUUUUCUGUCUUUACUUUCUUUAUUUUCAGAGAAAAACAAAAUUACCACAUUCUGCACAAAGAUUAAUCAUUGACUUUGGACAUCAUCACGGAAUCAGAGGAAAGAGCGAUUUGGACGAAACAUUCUGGAAAAAAAUAACAAGAAAUCACGUGUAACUUGAAAUUGUCCCCGGUGUUUCCUCUCGUGCCAGACUGUGGAGAAUACGAUGACAGAAAGAAAGAAAAAAAAAACAAAACCUUCCACACAAAUGUCUGUACAAAGUUCUCAAAAGCCGUACCUGACAUCCCGGUAAGCAGGUUGGAUAAAUGCUGAGCUGUAACUGAAAGCAAGAGUUGUUUUAUUUUUUAAUUGUUAUUUUUUUUCUCGUUUGUUUGCCAACGUUACGUUUUUUUUUUUCUCUGAUUUGGCGCGUGGCCGAGUCUGCUGCAGUAAAUAAGUGUUUGAUUUGGAUUAGGGGGAAAUGAUGCGAGCUAAAGGCGACGUGUAAAUCAUCCGUUCUAAAGAUGCGUUAGAGAGGCAGGGCUCCUCCCUGGGAUAGGAUCAUUCCAUAUGAUUACUAGCUUCCAUGUUCUCUCACUAAACAAGAAAUUGGCCCUUUUUUUUUUCUUUUUUUUUGUCUUUUCGCCCUUCCUGAAGGUUCUUCGUCUGUUUCAGUGUUUUGUUUUCGGUUCUCUUCUGUUCUCUCAUCCCCCACUGGACUGUUUUUUGAUUUCACUUUAGGACGACUCCACUGUAGACUUCUGAUAUUGUACUUGAGACAUACAGGUCUUAUGAUUCAUGGUGCUGCAUUCUUGUUUUUUUUUUUUUUUUCCAAUAAAUUUGAAAUCCAGUUAUGUUCCCCAUACAUGGCUGCACUCAUCUUGUCAUUAUAUAAGUUGAAAUCUGUUUUAUUUUUUCCUCAAACUCAUACUGAUCAUAUAUAUAUAUUAGUGAUGAAAUACGGGAAGGAAGGAAAGCAAAAUAUACUGACUCCAUGUCUAAGCUAACAUGUUGUUUAUCCUGCAGGAUUUUGUUUUUCUUUAUGUUUGUACUUGUCGUCUGACCAAUCCUUGCAUUCCGUGUGGCAUCGAGGAGAAAAAAACAAAACAGAACAGGGCCAUGGAUGUCCGAGGGGAGCGUUUGGAUUGUUUAGAAAAUCUAGGUUAACACACACACACAAAAAAAGCUGCUAUGUUCUCCUCGGAGAGCUGCUUCCCUUUCCACAGAAUGCUGUAUUUUUUAUUUUUUAAAAAUCCUCACAAACUGACUUGUAAGAAGGAGACGGUUUCUCCCGCCGCCGCCGUCGCCGUCGCAGUGGGACCUCAGACUGACGUUCAGGCAGCAGGACUCGCCCUCUCCUCCUCCUCUCUCAGACUUUGAUUCAGGACCGGAUGUGGGGAGAAUAAAAAAAACAAAAAAACCCAACGGCUGCGUUUGUGUGGAAGACUUGAAGGACCGAGGGGACCGGUGGUUUACCUGGACCCCCACCUGCCACUACAACCCACCACCACCACCACCACCACCCCUCCACCCGACACACACACAGGAGGGUUCUCAUGUUACAUGAAUGUUUGACAGAUUUAAAAAGACAACAACAAAAAAAAACACAAAAAAAAAGUUGUGACCCAAAAUUAACCAGCACCUUAAAACGAAAGAGAUACAACCUAAAAAGACACAAUAGGACAAUAUGUAUGAUUAUGUGUGAAAUGUGAUAUAGACUUGUAUGGAGAAUAUAGUACACUGAAUUUAUCGCAUGAUCUUUGUUUGUAGGGUCUGAGUGACCAACUUUUGUCAGAUGGUUGGAAGCUAAGCAUCGGCUCUGUUCCUGGGUUCCUCCGAGAAAAAAAAAAAAGAAAUAACCAGACGCUGCAUUUUUCUCUUUCUGUUGUUGUUUUGUAAAGAUUCAUUCUCUUGGUUUUUGUUUUAUUUUUACACAGAUCAUAGUAGUAACUAUUUCAAUUGUUCCCCUCCAAAAGAUUUAAGAAGCAAGAGAUGUAAUGCAUUUUGAUAAUAAAAAUAAUCAUGAUGGUAAUGUAUUUUGAAAACUACCAUUGUGAUGUGUCAUUUGA